AUGCUUAACCUACUGCAGAGCUUCCUCUCGGAGCGCACCUUCCAGGUGUCUAUAGGAGGACACAUGUCCGGAGAAUAUCCGCUGGAGAACGGAGUACAACAGGGUACGGUUCUUUCCAUGAGGCUGUUCCUCGUUGCGAUGCAGCCUAUUUUUCGAGUUCUUCCGGUGGGCGUCGAAAUCCUUGUGUACGCAGCCGACAUCCUCCUCGUGGUACAGGGCCAAAAGGACAAGGCUUAUACCGAAAACUGCAAACUGCGGUUAAAGCUGUGGAUAAGUGGGCGAAGAGCCCCCAACGCGCGUCGAGAACCAGAGAAGCAGAUCACCAUUGAUCGAACUGCCAUUCCGAAAACCAACCGUCUGCGAAUCCUGGGCGUCACCCUUGACCGAACAUUAACCUUCAAGCCGCACUGUACAGCGGUGAAGAAAGCAUGCGACUCCCGGUUACGGAUUCUCCAGAUGAUCGGAACAAAACUGCCGCGCGGCAAUCGUUCAAAGUUACUGCAGGUCGGCUCGGCGCUAGUCACUUCGAAGCUGACGUACGGAGUAGGACUAGUGAGAAGAGGAGGGCCAGACACACUGCAGACACUCGCUCCUGUAUACAAUAAAAUGGUUCGUUACGCUUCCGGAGCGUUCGUGACCAGCCCGAUCAUCUCGGUCAUGGCCGAAGCUGGAACGCUUCCAUUCGAACUACUGGCAGUUCAAAUCAUCGCUAGGAUGGCCAUCCGGAUUUUAUCUAAAAACAGUAACAACAGCACUCUACCGUUAAUCCGACGAGCGUCGGACCGGGUACACGAUCUUACGAGAACAGCGUUUCCCGCUAUCGGCCAACUAGUGAGGCAGAGCGACCGUGUGUGGCACGCACGAAAACCGUCGAUUGUGUGGGAUGUGAAGAGAAGUGUGAGAGCUGGCGAUCCGCUGGAUAGAGUCCGACCAGUUGUUCAACAGCUGCUUUCGACCCGGUUCCAUAGGUCGUCAGUAGUCUACACCGACGGCUCGAAAUGUGAAGAUACUAUUGGAGCCGCAUUUUACUCGACCGGCCUCGCAGGAAUAUUCAGCCUUCCAGAGGCAUGCAGCAUUUUCUCUGCGGAGGCGUAUGCCUUGAAGAAAGCGGUAUCAAUCCCCAACGUCGGUAGUGAGAUCGUGGUUCUCACGGACUCGGCCAGUUGCCUGUUGGCACUAGAGUCCGGGAAAUCAAAACACCCAUGGAUCCAGGAAGUCGAAGAGAAGGUCCGCAACAAACGUGUUCGAUUCUGUUGGAUCCCUGGACAUGCCGGCGUGAAUGGAAAUACCGAGGCUGAUCGAUUAGCGAACGAGGCGAGGAGACAACCGGCCAUAGAUAUGCCCAUUCCGGGUGAAGACGCGUUAAGAGCGGUAAAGCAGGCAAUUCGACUCCGAUGGGAUCACCAGUGGCACGAAACAAGGGACUCGAAACUGAGGGAAGUGAAGUACGACACAAAAAGACCGAGGUAG